AUGCUGGGCUGCAUCAGUGGAUAUGCACAAGGAGAGGAACCGCAAGAAAAGACAACCUUACUCCGUACAUUUAAUGGUUCUCAUAUUUUGGAGUUAGAGAAUGGGCAGCUGGUGGCAAUUAACGGUGCUAAUUUGUAUCCGCGGAAUGGAUCCCAACCUGACUCCAUCGAAUUAUUAACACCAGCGAACGGGGUGGGUGAAAAUGCGUGGUGGAACACCAAUAGAGAUUUGUUCCGCUUUCACUCCUAUGAAUACAAUCCUUUUGUCAGGCACUAUGGAUUUGGUAGAUGGUUUCGUGCUAUGUAUGCUCUUGUGGAAAGCAACAACCCUCCAAGUCAAGAAAAUUCUGUUCUUCACAUCGUGUGGAUGAACACUCUUAAUGGUGUAAUUGAAAAGAAUUCGUUCACUUACACUACUUUCAAUAUUGCAUAUCCUUUUAUGGAGGGAACAGCAUCGGUUGUGCGAUUUCCUGCUGACACUAUCUCAAAAAUUUUAACAACAAAAAACAAUACACUUCUGUUUCCUGUGCAAUUUGUUACGGAGGAUAACAAAGUCUUUUCGACAGUUUUGUAUUACAGGCCCCAUGAUAAACAGUGGAACGUUGGUGGUUUGACUGACGAAGGUACUUAUAAUCCUACUGUUAUGGAGUGGGAAAAUGAUAAGUUAAUGAUGAUUACGCAGCAUACCAGUGGCUAUUACAGAGUGUACGAGUCCACCGAUUUGGGAAAGAAUUGGAAAGAGUCUAUCAGUACACUCUCUCGUGUGUGGGCCACCUCCACUGUAACUACUAACAAACCAACUACUGAGCGUGGAAGUCAAAACAAUUUUAUUACGGCAACGAUUGAUAAUAAGAGUGUCAUUCUUUUUACACAGUCUGUGGUGUCUGGAGAAAAGAAGCAACUCCAUCUGUGGCUUACUGAUAACACACACAUUUAUUAUGUUGGCUUCAUAGCUACAGAUCCGAAUGCGGCAACAAGCACCCUAUUGUUCAAGAAUGGCGAACUGUACUUUCGGUAUUUGAUUCUUGAAAGGGAAGGUAACCCCCAGGUUCUUUUCGUGGAUCUUUCGACAGCUAUGGAGAGGAUCAAAAGUGUGGUGAAAAAGUGGACUGAACAAGACCAGACUCUCACUGAGAGUCGUUGCUGCACUGAUGAAAAUUGUGCUUCUUCUGAGUGUCGUAUUCCCACUACUGGACUGGUGGGCUAUUUGUCUGGAAACAUUGAUGGUGAUAAAUGGAGGGAUGAAUACCUCGGCGUGAAUGCCGUUUUAAUUGGUACAGUAAUGAAGGUUACUAAUGGCUUGAAGUUCAUGGGUCCUGGUUCAGGAGCAAUAUGGCCUGUGAGUAUAAAUGUACUGGCGAGGCAGUAUCACUUUACAAACUAUGCUUUUACUCUUGUGGCGACGGUGACUAUCCACAAGGUACCAAAGAAUGACAGCAGUCCUUUGUUGGGUGUAAGAAUGUGGGACAACAACAAGCACAGUAUUCUUCUGGGAGUGUCGUACAACAACGAUAAAACGUGGAGCGCCACAAACAGGGGAACCAAAAGUAAGUCAACAGGUACAUGGGAAGUGGAUAAUGAAUCUUCUCUGGUAUUGACAUUCAAGAACGGUACGGGCUCUGUGUAUAUCAACAGUACUCGGCUACAUGUGGGAACCAACUUAAACAUCGAGGAAGUUGUGAAAAUUUCUCACUUUUACUUUGGUUGGGACGGUGAGUCUGUCGAAGGCUCUCAUAUAUCAGUGAAAGACGUUAUGCUGUACAACCGCGUGCUGAGUAAAGAAGAGAUUGCUGCGCUGCUCAGGAGCAGGAUGAAUAUUUCGUUUUCACCUAGUGAUGCAGAAGAGAUACAGGAAGGAACAAACGAUAAAUCCUCGCAAGUGCAAAACACAGAAACACCACAAGACAUUGACACUCCGACACAAAUGGAAACAACUAAUGCUUCUGCUACCGUUCAACCUGAGUCUCAACCAGAAAGUCAAGAGAAUCAACAGCCUGCUCCGGUAGUGGAAAUACCACCAGAAAAAACACAGCAAGAAGUAAAUACUACCGAAAAUAAAACGUCCACAGAAACCACCGUGCCGGAUUCCAGUACGAACACGAUGCAGCAAGACCUUUUGCAGAAUACAACUCAAUCAAUGAUCAACAAUAAUGUUAAUGCCCACAAAAAUAAAAGUAUUGAUGGCACUGUUCGUAUCUAUGAAUCUGUGUUACCAAUGCUUCUGCUGGUAUUGUGGGCUCUUGCAACAGUUUUCCCAUAA